AUGGCGGUGUCCCGCAGACGUGAAGGCUCCUCUCGUGAGCACACUACACUCGAGCCACGCUUCCUCUACGAUCUCGUUAUCAUCAUGCGGUCGUUCGCCCGUAUACAUGAGGCAAAAUUGAAGAAGCACGGCAUGUUCGCGUUGACGUUCACGAGCCCGGCCGACUACGACGCCGUGCGGCCCGAUGACCGUGUGUCGAUUCUUGGUUUGCAGGAGUUCCAGCCUGGCAAGAAUUUGCCGCUUGCGCUUAAGCAUAUGGAUGGCUCGAAGGAUGAGAUUUCGCUUGCGCAUAGCUUUAAUGAGAGUCAGAUUGAGUGGUUGAAGGCGGGCUUUACGCUCAACCUGGUAUGUCCAUUCGUAUCCUUCCGCGGUCCGGUCGAUCGUCUGCUCACCGCUUUCUUGUGA